AUGUUUCCCUUCCUCCCUUGGUCUUGCAAGACCAACAUGCGCUCUUCUCCCAGCGCGCCUACCGCCAGCAUCGAAAACAGCUUCGGCUCUAGCUUCUCCAUGCCCUCUCCUCCUACUUCCAUAGCUACUAUGGCUACCACCACUACAACUGCCACUGCCUCUUCCACUCUUGUCGACCUCUCUCCCAGAAAAUCCUCCUACACUCCCUACGGCCAGUCCAGCUCUUCUUGCGCCUUCCCCUCUUGGCCAAACCGCCCUUCUCUGGUCUGCAGCGACCCAGACCAAUCUACCUCUUCCUCAGCUAUGAACAACACCACCCCCUCCACUCCCAGCGCCUACAUCUCCGACGAAGAACUCCUCGACACACCGCUUUCCUCGCCAUCCGAGGAACUAGGCGACGACAAGCAGAGCUUAGACCCCACCCUUAUGAGCAUGAGCUACACCACCGAGCAGCGUAUCAGGCAUAUGCGCGAAAUGGCCGAGGAGGAGGAGGGGCGCGCCCAAUUCCUCGCUCAGGUUCAGGCCCACGCCCGCGCUCAGCAGGCCAUGCGGCUGCAGAAGCCUCAGUCACAGCUACCGGUGACCACGACAACGACGACGAAUCAAAUGGCCACGGGGCCGGCUAUGGCUACGAUAGCGGCACGUCGGAAGCGCAGGACGGUUGUGCCCGUUGUCGGGAAGAAACGGCGGGCGACGUCUUCGUCAUCGAACAAGUGUUAUCCGCGAGUUUGA